UUGAUGUAUACUUCUACAUUGAGAAAAGCUCCAACAGAACCAAGAGCUUGAUGGAGUUUCAAGAACAAUGUGGAAGUGACACUUUAAGAAUUCUAAAGCAUACAAACACUCGUUGGCUGUCACUAGCCGCUUCAAUUGACAGGCUGUUGAAGAUGUGGGAGCCACUUUCUCAGUUCUUUGAGCAGGAGUGUGCUACUUCAGUGAAAACCGGUCGCAAACGGAAGCUAACUGAGAAAGACACUUCCAGUGGCAACUUCAAGUCAAGACCUGAGAGAGUUCUGCAUGCUUUGACAGAUCCAAACACCAAGCUCUACUGCCUUUUCCUACAAGCAGCUAUUCCAACAUUCAACACCAUGAACCUAGUGCUACAGAGAGAGGAACCCAUGAUCCACUUGGUUCACUCUAAGUGUGUCACAUUUCUAACCAAGUUGCUGGUUAGGUUUAUUACUCCAGAUGCCAUCACCAAAGCUGAAAACUUGCAGACUCUUGACUUCCAUGAGAGAAAAUUGCAGAAGUCCAGAGAAGAUAUCGUCAUCGGACAAAAUGCCAGGUGUUACAUGGAGCAGUGCAAGGAACAGGGCCUGAUGACCCCUAAGGACAGAAGCCUGUUCUUUGACAGUGUGAGGAAAUACUAUGCAACUGCUGCCACUUACAUCACUCAAAAAUUCCCUCUCAAUGACCCUGUGCUGCAAAACGCCAAUGUUGUUAAUAUCCAGAGGAGAACAGAGGCAAAGUUCUCUGACCUACUAUACUUUGUGCAUAGGUUUCCCUGUAUAAUGCCAGAUGAUGCCACAGAAGAUGACUUGCAGAUGGAGUUUCUUAUGUACCAGGUAGAUCCGCUGCCUUCAGUGGACCCAGACAUGAGAAUUGACCAGUCUUGGCAUUUGUUAGGACAGUUAAAGCAACUGGAUACCACACAGCCAAAGUACAAAGUGUUGUCACAUGUGAUGUUGGGAAUACUGGUAAUCCCUCACAGCAAUGCUGAUUCUGAGAGAAUUUUCUCCACUGUGCGUAAGAACCAGACAGAAUUCCGUCCCAAUAUGGGUGUUCCCCUGCUUCAGAGUCUAAUGAUUACAAAAACUGACAUGCAAGCCAGAGACAAACCCUGUUUUCAACAAGAGUUUACGGCAGACUUUUUAUCAAUGGCCAAGAGUGCCACUUACAGGGGAAUUAAUUCAAUUGAAUAGAGACAGUCACAGUGUUGGAUACUAAUUGUUAAC